AAUUCCCACCACCCUUCUCCUCACCAAACCAAUUAACCCCUCCAGGGCUCCCUCUUCUUCGGUUCUUCCUCCCCCGUGUGCGUGCGUGCGUGCGUUCCUUGGGACUACGACCUCUGCAGGUCUCCCACAGUCCCCUGAAUAAAUAAAAGCCACGGAGGGAAUGCAGCAGAGAGGGGGGCAAGAAGACGUGAGAUGAAAGCAAGCGAGCGAGCGACGCACGCUGAGCUGAGCUGAGCAGCCGCAGAGAAGUUGUCGCCAAGGAGAAGGAGAUAGAGGCAGAGGGAGAGGGAGAGCAGCAGCUCAUCUUUCGCCAUGAAGUUCAUGAAGCUCGGCUCCAAGCCGGACGCCUUCCAGGCCGACGGCGACUCCAGAUAUGUGCUAUCCGACCUGCCGUCAGACAUCGUCGUCCAUGUCCAGGAUGCAAGGUUCUACCUGCACAAGUUCCCUCUGCUUUCCAAGAGCAGCCUGCUACAGAAGCUGAUCAUUGAGGCGAGCCAGAGCGGCGGCGGCGGCGGCGGCGGGGACGACGAGGUGUACCUCGACGGCAUCCCGGGCGGCGCGAGGGCGUUCGAGAUCUGCGCCAAGUUCUGCUACGGCAUGGUGGUGACCCUGAACGCGCACAACGUGGUGGCGGCGCGGUGCGCGGCGGAGUACCUGGGCAUGACGGAGGACGUGGACAAGGGCAACCUCGUCUUCAAGCUCGAGGUCUUCCUGGCCUCCGGCGUCUUCCGGAGCUGGAAGGACUCCAUCACGGCGCUCCAGAGCACCGCCGCGCUGCGUCCCUGGUCCGAGGAGCUGAAGCUGGUCGCCCGGUGCACGGACGCCAUUGCCGCCAAGGCCGCGGCCAGCCCCGGGAGCGUCGUGUGGUCGUACACGUAUAACCGGAAGGCCGCGUCCUCUGAGGAGAUUGUCGAGGAGCGCCGCCGGUGCGGGGUGGUUCCGAGGGACUGGUGGGUGGAGGACCUGUGCGAGCUUGAUGUGGAGCUUUACGGGCGCGUCAUGGUGGCGGUGAAGAAGUCCGUGGGGAGCAGGGACGUUGUCGUAGGAGAAGCUCUCAGGGCCUACGCCGCGCGGUGGCUCCCGGAGAACUGCCUCGAGGAAGAAGAGGACGGCGGAUCCAUGGCGGCGUACACGAACGUGCUCGAGACCAUCGUCUGGCUGCUGCCUAAGGAAGACGACGACGACGAUGGAUCAAUGUCGGCGUCGCGCUGCUGCUCGUGCCAGUUCCUGCUGAACCUGCUCAAGUUCUCCGUCGCGGUCGGCGCCGGGGAGCCGCUGCGGGAGGAGCUGAUGGACCGGGUCGCGCGGCAGUUGCACGAGGCGUCGGCCCGCGACCUCCUGGUCCCGGCCAGGCCGCCGGCGCAGACCAUCUACGACGUCGAGCUCGUCGAGGCGCUCGUCGGCAGAUACAUGCGGCGGCGGAACGCCGGGGUUGGGGAAGACGGGCUCUUCCUCAGCGGCGACCUUGAGAAUGAAGUGGAGGCAGACGAGUCCUUGCUGAAGCUGUGCAAGCUCGUCGACGCGUACUUGGCCGAGGUCGCCGGUGACCCGAACCUGCAGGUUUCGACAUUCGUCAGCUUGGCCACGUCCAUGCCUGAGCCUGCCCGGCCGUCGCACGAUGGCCUGUACACCGCCAUUGAUGUCUUCCUCAAGGUGCGGCCGAAUUUGGGCAAGGUGGAGAAGAGGACGAUAUCGGGCCUGAUGGACGUGAAGAAGCUCUCAAAGGAAGCCUGCAUCCACGCCGCGCAGAACGACCGCCUCCCGCUGCGCGUCGUGGUGCAGGUGCUCUUCUUCGAGCAGCUGCGCGCGGCGGCGCCACCGCCGCUAUCCGCCGGCGCCGGUAACGUGCUAGAACUCGAAGACGACGACGGCUGGAAGAACCAGGCGCUGGCGCUGACGCUGCCGGAGACUCUGCCGCCGACCCCGGCGGCCCUGAGGAGGCAGCUGGGGAGCCUGAAGCUGGCCGGGGAAGACGGCGUGGGCGGCGGAGGGGACGGGCGGCGGCUGGCGAGGAGCGCGAGCAUCGCGAACCAGAGCAGCAGGCUGUCGCUGUCGUCGCGGUCGCGGCGGAUCUUCGACAGGCUGUGGGUUGGCGGGAAGAUGGUGCCCGGCGGCGAGGUUGUCAGCAAGAGCUCCGACACGUCCGGGAGCUCGCAGAGCCCGCGCUCCUCCGCCGUGCCGCCCAACAAGUCGUCGUCCAGGAACCGCCGCUACUCGGUGUCGUAGGCGCCGCCCGGCUGUACAGAGGACGAAUGGUCGACGACGACUGUCGCGGUGUCGCCGGACGAAUGGUCGACGACGGCGGAUCGACUGCUAGCAUGCUAACUUCGAUUCAGGAUUUCAAGGGCUCUGUUCUGAUGGAUGCAUUUGUUGAUCUGAUCGACGUGCUCGCGGGGGCGACGAGGAACCAGAAAUUGAUCCUUGAUUUGCCGAACAUAACUGCUCUGAUCUUGACACGAUCGGCUGUCUUUCUCUUAACUCUUUGUUAGCUCGGUGAUCUGGGUAACCGCCUUUUGGUGGUUCUGCUUGGUAUGCGAACCGGAUAUCAUCGUGCUCGUGACGUGAGCAGGGUGCAGGCCAAAUCGUACUUAUAAAAAAUUUCAUGGUUGUUUUGGGCUGGAA